UUAUUCAUUGGUUUUAGGCAUUCACUAGUUAUCCAGAGACAUCAGCUGAGCUUGAGGAUCUGAUACAUGAGCACCAAACACAAGUACAAAUGCACUCCUCAUCUCUCAAUGAUGAAGAAGCUGUAAGUAACCAAGCUACUAGACAAUAUGAAGCUAAUGAGUCUAAGAUUAAAGAAUUAAGAGAACAGAUUGAGAAAGAAGAUGAAGAGUAUCAGAAUCAUGAGCAAAAUAUUGAAGAAUUGAAGAAUCGUUGGCUUAAGCCAUUGGAUGAAAUGAUUAAAAAGAUCAAUGAAAAGUUCAGUAAAUUUUUUCGGGACAUGAAGUGUGUUGGUGAAGUUGAUCUACUGAAAGACGAAACUGAAACUGAUUUCAAGAAAUAUGGUGUGCAGAUAAGAGUAAAGUUUCGUAGUGAGGAGUCAUUGCAUGUAUUGGAUGCACGUCAUCAGAGUGGAGGAGAGAGGAGUGUCUUUACUAUGCUGUACCUCAUGGCAUUACAAGAUAUCACUAAUUGUCCUUUUAGAGUAGUUGAUGAGAUAAAUCAGGGAAUGGAUUCUAUUAAUGAGAGAUCAGUUUUCAAUCAGAUAGUCAGGACUGUAAAUCAAAGAGACACUCCACAAUACUUUGUACUUACACCAAAGUUAUUACAAGGUCUUGAUUAUUCAGAUUCAGUUACUGUUCAUAUCAUUCAUAAUGGUUUACAUAUGUCACCUGAUGUAUGGGACAAGAAGUGUUUAGUAUGAUAGAACAAUCAAUAACAAUAUUAACAAAACUUGUAUGGCAACUUGUAUUACUCUUCAUUUAUCAUAACAAUUAAA